AUGGCUGCUGCCGAGGCCGAGGCCAAUCGCCUCAGUGUUGCCGUAGAUGACUUAGGCAGCGGCCUGUGGAGUGGGCGUGUGAAGCAGGAGCUCGAGGCGCGCACGCCGCUGCGCAAUGUGCUGUUCAGCCCCAGCCCCAGCCGGCCGGCGGUGUCGGUGGAGGAGCUGCCCGUCAGGUAUCUGGACGCGCGCAGCGACCCUCAGCUGGCACGCCUGCGCCAGCUGGCGCACUCCCCCGCCGCCUGGUUCCGCUCCCCCUUUGUGCUGGUGGUGCUGGUGUCGUGCGGCGACUACGAAGACUACAAGCGCGACCUGCGGCUGCGCCUCAAGGCCAUGGCAGACACAGAGGUGGUGGCGGCGGGCCAGCCGGAGCUGCUGUUUGUGUACGUGCGGCCCGCGGCGGCCGACGCCGCCGCCAAGGGCCCCGCCCGCGUCUUUGACGCGAUGCGCAAGGAUCUCAACAAAGCGCGGCGGGAGCGGUGCGUGCGGCUGGACCCGCUCACGCUGCCCCCCACCCAGCCCACCGCCCCAGCCAUCGCCGGCCUGGAGGAGUUUGACCGCGCUGCGCGCGACGCGCUGCGCGCCGCCUUUGAGUCCCGCGCCGCCGCGUACGGCGAGGAGGUGCGGCGCCUGACGCUCAACCGCCUGGACCCCGCCUGGUCCUUCCCCACUUUCUUCCUGGUCAAAGACGGGCUGGCGGCGAUGCUGGAGGCCGCAGGGCUGGCAGAGGAUGCGCUCAGGGAGUAUGCUGAGCUGGAGGCGUGCUACCUCGAGGUGGCGCAGGCGGCCGGCCAGCAGCAGCCGUUUGGCGGCAAGCCUGCGGGGCAGGACGAGGCGUCGCUGCUGUGGUCGCCCUGGGCCGCCACCCGCCACGCCGCCAGCCAGCCUGAGCUGCCGCCGCAGUUCUUGAUGCGCCAGGCGCUGUUUGCCAGCCAGGCCCGCCUGCUGCUCAAGCUGCACCGCCACGCCGAGGUGGCCGAUCGGGGGCUCAAGUUUGUGCGCGCCUUUGGCGCCCUGCUGGCCCGCCAGCAGCGCGCCGGCGGCGUGCCGCCGCUGCUGCGCGAGGCUUGGAGCUUCGCCUGCUACCUGUCUCUGGCGGAGGCCACGUCGAGGCUGCAGGCGGCACGCGCAGAGGAGAGGCGCAAAUCAGACCACCCCGGCCGGCCCGGCGGCAGGAGGGGCAGGCAGAGCGAGGCGACGGCGGGCACGCCGCACGCGGGGGACACCCCCCGUGGCGGGCCAGCCUGGGAGUGGGAUUCGGCGUCGCAGCGCCCCGUCCCCAGCCCCAGCCCCUCUGCAGCCAGCCCCCUGGCUGGAACCAGCCACUCUCGCCUGCAGGUCAGGGUGGGGCCACACAGCGUGGGGGGCGGGUCAGAGGUGGAAAGUGUGGCCAGCCCCGAGUGGCAGCGCGGCGGCGGCGGCGGCGGCGACCACGCCACGCACACGCACGUCGACUGGCAGCUGGGGGCCCUGCCCGGCAGGCCUGCCGCGGCCGCGGCAGCCGUGGGGGCGGAGGGCGCGGCGGAGGGGCUCGGCGGCGGCGGCGGCGGCGCGGCGCCGGGCAGCGCCAACCUGUACUGCCUGCUUGCCAAGCUGUACUGCGCCGCCCGCGCCGAGCUGCUGCGCCUCGGGGCGGCCGCGGGCCUGGAGGUGCCGGACUGCGCAGCAGCGCAGGUUCUGGGCUUAGAGUCGCCUCACCACGCUGCAGCGCCCGCCCCGCUGGCAGCGACGCCUGCAGCAGAGGCAGACGCGCCGCGCGCCGCGUCCCCGCCCGCCCCGCCCCUAGCCAGCCCCGCCGUCGAAGCGGCUCCCGAGCCGGCAGCAGGCCUGAGGAGCAGCCCCAGGAAUGCAGACUUGUCUCACGUGGACCUCAACGGCAGCAGCAGCAGCAGCGCCAGCGAGCAGCAGGAGGCGCCGGCGGGCGGUGACCGGGCGAGGGGGGAGGGGCUGGGCACGGGGCCCGUCACCCUGCUCAGCGCGCCAGACAUGCAGCUGGACUCGCAAGCCGAGGCAGAGCCGCAGCAGCAGUCGCCCGGCGCGGCGGCAGCCCCAGUGCGGCAGCUGUCUGUGCGGCCUAAGGGGCAGGGGCUGGGCGAGGGAGACUCACCUUCCUCCAGCCCCCACAGCACCAGCACCAGCACCAGCACGCAUCAAUCCUCGCUGUCUCCGACCCGGGGAGAGAGCGGUCGCGCGGCGCCGCUGCCGGCUGCCGGGGGGGCGGCGGCGGCAGGGGCGCCGCCCUCCGCUCCCUCCUCCGCCCGAUCGGAGCAGAACGACAUGCAGACUGUCGAGCGGCAGGUGGUGUCUGCCCUUGCCAGCCGCUCCGGCGCGGGUCACGUGGUGGGCCCCGCGGCGCCGCCGGCGCCAGCCGGCGCCAGCGCCGCCGCCAGCCUGCCGCCGUGGCUGGUGCACUGGCGCCUGCGCGCCGCGCUUUCCUCCGAGCACCUCUUUACCGAGCUGUUUGUCGAGCUGAGCGAGGCCGCCGCAGCCUGUUACACCCAGUGCGGGCAUGCGCGCAACGCGGCGCUGCUGCAUGCUGACGUGGCGGAUGCGCUGGCACGAGGUGGCAGCCUGGCGCGGGCGGCGGACCUCUAUGAGGGCCAGUGCCGCGCUUUCCUCAGGGAGGGCUGGCACGCUCUGGCAGCACACACCCUGCCCAAGCUGGCAGCCUGCCAGCUCGCCAUCGGCAGCGCUGGCCUGGCGCACACCGCGGCGGCGCUGCUGUCGCUGCCCGCGCCCUUCCGCGGCAUGCCCCCAGAGCGGCAGGCGGCUUGCCAGCUGCUGCUGCAGGCGGCGCGGUCUGCUGCCGGCCUGGCCGGCUGCCGGCCGCUGCUUCCCGGCAGCCCGCCGCCGCCAGGCGCGCUGCUCGACCCCGUCGUGUCCCUGACAGCCGCCAUAGUUGCAACGCCGCCCCACGCCGCCGUCAGCCGCUUCUUCGGCCGCACGGGGCCGGGCGGCGCACCGCUGCUGGCGCCGCCGCCGGGCGGCCCGGGCGGCGGCGCGCUGGCGGCGGCAGUGGGGGAUGCUCUGGCGGUGCAGGUGGUUGUUGACAACCAGCUGGCGCUGCCGCUUCCGCUGCGGGGCGUGGCUCUCACGCUGGCGGUGCUUCAGGAGAUGACAGUGAUCCACUCCCCGCGCGCCGCCCCUUCGCCCGUCCUGGUGCUGGGCUCGGCGGCGCGGCCGCCCCGGGGCGGCACCCCCGCCACCCCGCUGGGCGACAGCCUGCUGUCGCUCAACUUUGAGCGGCAGGAGAGCGGGGGGCAGGAGCGGUACGAGUCCAGGUGGCAGCAGGUGGAGGAGCUGUACUGCCCCCUGGUGGCCAUCACCCCACCCAGCGCCGCGCCGGGCAGGCAGGAUGGGCCGGGCGGUGGGCCGGGCCCGCGGCUGCAGCCGCUGCGCGGCGAGGCGGUACUGCCACCUGGCGCCAGCGUGCUCACCUUCCUGGCAGCUCCCGUCAAGCGCGGCCUGUACAAGGCGCUCCACCUGCGGGCCCGCCUGCACCAGCUGGCGCUGCAGGUUGCGGUGCAGCCGCCGGAGCCGCUGUGGCAGCAGCCUGGCACGGCGGCGGGCAGACGCGGCAGCAGCGCCGCCGCCAGCCGACGCGGAAGCCGGGCGGGCACGGCAGGGGGCACCCCGCUGGCGCCGGAGCCGCGGGAUGCGCCUCACUGCGCAGAGGCUGUGGUCAUGUAUGUGGAGCAGGCUCAGGCUAGGAUACAUCUGGAGCUGCUGGCGGCCGGCGGUAGCCUGGUUGCGGGGCAGGAGCAGUGGGUGGGGCUGGCGGUGGCGCCGCGGCGGGACGCCCUGCACGCCGCCCUGCUGGAGCUGACGUGGCCGCUGGGGCACCCCGGCUCUGGCGGGCUAGGGCUGCCGCCGCUGUCUCGCAAGCCGACGGCUGCGGCGCCCCACCACCGUGCCGUGCACUCGCAUGGCGGCGACAUGCGCCUGGGCGGCGCCAGCUCAGCUGCCCUGCAGGCCUCCCUGGCCGCACAGCCCUUCCUGCGGCCGGAGCACUGCGCCGCCGCGCUGCUGCCCGCCGCCGGCGGCGCAGCGACCCAGCCGGGAGGAGAGGGGGGCAGCCGCACGGCGCCUGCCGCCCAGCUGCUGCCGGCAGAGGGCCCGUCAGGGCCUUCGGCCGCCUGGCUGUUAGCUGAGGGCCUGCGGCAGCACCUGGCGCUGCCGCUGGUCGAGGAUGGGCGCCCCGUCACCCUCUGGUGGCGCGUCAUGGCAGGCGAGGUGGCCGCGGCGCCAGAGCAGGUGCACAUCGCGCCGCCGGCGCCGCGCCACUCCUCCCGCCAGCUGGAGCUUCGUCGGCUGGGCCUGCCUGCUGACCCAGGCCCGCUGCCUGCCGCCGUGCUGGAUGUGCCCGCCAGCCUGGAAUACGCCAGCGGCUGCCAGCGCAGCCACAGCCGUCUGCUGUGCGCGGCGGUGCGGCAGCCGUUUGCGGUGGCGUGCGCGGCCCGGGAGCUGCCUUCGGGGGGUGUGGCCCUGCAGUGCACGCUGAGCUCCAGCAUGGCGGUACCGGCUCAGCUGUCCCGCCUGGCACUGGAGCCGCAGCCGGGCUUCGCCGUGGCUUCCUCCCUACUGGACAGCAUGGGCCUGCUGCCUGCCACCCUGCCGCCCUUUGGCAGCCUCACCGCCAGCUUCCUGCUGGCUCCCGAGCCCGGCGUGGCCGCCGGAGCAGACUUCACCCCUCUGCCAGCCAAGCUGCAGCCCUCGGCACUGGUUGUUGACUACAGCAUUGACAGCAGGCAGCAGUGCAGCCUGCCUGCGGCGGCCCUCAGCGGAGGAGGCGCCAGCGGCGGCGACGGCGGGCUGGGCGGGCGAGGGCGGGACCCCAGGCCCGGCGCCGGCGCCGGCGGCAGCCCUACGUCCGGCGCGGCGGAGGCUGGUGCCGCGGGCGGCGUCGCCGGCGCUGCGGGCACGGCGCAGACGCCUGCGCUGGCUGUGCUGGAGUUGCUUGACGCCAGCGGUAGGCAGCGACCCAGCAGCCCGCUAGGCUCCCCGGGCAAGCGCAGCACAUCCGGCUCCCCCACCGCCACCGCGUCCGGCGCGGCGCUGGGGGUUGACGGCGAGGGGCCGGGGGGCUGCGCCACCCGCCAGCUGUGCUGCUUCAGGCACCUGCUGACGCUUGAGAUGCCGGCCUCUGAGGACGACUCCAGCGGCGCUCUGGUGUAUGUGCGGCAGCUGGGCCCGUUCGUUGCUACCGUGGGGCAGCCCACCACGCUGUGCUGGCGCCUGGAGCGCAGCGGUACCGCCGACCAGCAGCAGCAGGCCACGCGCAUGGGGUUUGAGGUGCUGGCAGAGAGCGACCACUGGCGCCCGCUGGGGCGCCGGUUUGGCGGCGUGACGCUGGGCGGGCACGACGGCGCGGUGGCCACGGUGGAAGCUACGUGGGUGCCGCUGGCGGCAGGCACGCUGCCGGUGCCCACGCUGCGCCUGCAGGACGUCGCCUUCCAGGAGGUAUUUGAUGUGGGGCUGUCGCUGUCCGGUACCAACGCCAUCACGGUGGUGGAUGCGUACUGA